UGUGUAUUUUAGUGAAGGUUAGAGAAUACAUGAGUGCUCAGUAAUAGGUUUUUCUUUACCCUGGGACUGCAGAAGCAUUUGGAGUAAUUCAGACAUUUUUCACUGACAGUUCAUGUAGACACCAGGACCCAGGUCAGGUAUGAAUAUAUUAAGGAGAGAAUUCCUAGAGGCAUGGUUCUCCACCCAUCCUUCAAUCAAAAAACAUAUAGAUUGGGCCCCGUAUAUAAACCCGUACAGAUCAAAACUGGAAGUGACACUACUCACCACAACGACUGGACAGUAUAAAUUCCACGCAGAGUAGAAUAACAUCACUUCAUCGGAGGCUCCUCUGAUGAUGUCACCUAGUAUGGCGACAAAACAUUUGAAUGAAAACAAGCCAGCUUGGCGAGCAAGCCAACAACCUGGACAUACAGUCUUUUCAACUGCUUUCUGUAGUAGUGAAUUCCACAGGUUCACCAUUCUCUGGAUGAAGAAAUUCCUCCUCAUCUCAGUAUCAUACGGCCAAUACCUGUGGCUCCCGGUGGUAAGGCUAGAAUGCAGUAUAUUCUAAGCAUGUUCAAUCUCACAGCAGAAUACUUAUAUAUGAUUACUGAGGUCACAGUGGCAUCACAGCAUACCUCAGAGGCACAUGGAUUAGAGAAUUUCACUUCAAAGACACGGACAUUUCAGACGUCAAUGUGAGUUGCGAGAUCCAUGUGGUGAUGGAGCACCGAGGUGCAUUACAGACCUGGAGGCUUCUGCUCAUCUGUUCCAGUCUAUUUCAAGCUACCGCUUCCCCUCCUUCUAAAGGAGCAGCUCGUGACAGUUUCCUAUUCAGUAAUCCAACCUACGUUCAUUGGCCUGAAGUUGAGCACAGCUUGAACUCAGUUGCUGUGAGUGACUCUUCCAGCCUCCCUCAACCUUUGCAUGAGAUGUCCAAUGACAACUCAGUUCAUGCCAAACAUUUCUUGCCACCAAACACGAGCAAGUCCCCACGACACCUGAGGAGGUCCCUGAGAGACACUGGUUUUGAUUUUAGUGGGGAUGAUGAGGAUGUUGAUAGUGAGGAUGAUUUCAAUUUUGAAACAACUGAAGAGGAUGUUUUUGAAUCUGAACAGUUUAUUUUAGAAAAAACAUCUGCUCCACUGGUCCCUUCUGCUCGUACGAGUGAUAACGCGGACUACUCUUUAUUGAGGCCAUUUGAAGGUACCCCAGAUUACCAAGCAGUUCAAACACAUCAAAGCUUCAGAAAUUCUCAACAUGUCAAAAUAGUAGAUGCCAGCUCUUUCCUCCAAAAGCCCACAGCGGCAUCUCCAAAUGACUUGCCCGUUUUUGAGGUCACCACCCACCACACAGUUCUUGAACAAACUGAGUUUGUGCAGCCGGCAGAUGGACGCAUCAUCGCCCUUGGCAAAACAGCUCAGACGUCAACUCCAAAUCAUUCAGAGACCGAGCAACAACAUUUACUUACUAGUUCCUUUGUACUGGGAAAGGAGGAGGCUGUGGUAGAAUUUGAAGGACAGCCUGAAUACAUUUCACCUGCAUCAGUUGCUGGUCCUUCUCUUGCACAAAGGGACCAAUCCUUGACUAAAAAUGAGCCAGGUGAGAGUUACAUGAUUCCUGGACCGUUGCAGUCUGUUUCUCCAAUGAUAACAGGAACAGAUUAUUCUCCAGUGACAGGUGGAAGCUCGCUCAGAGCUGGUGAGCCCAGUGUUGGUGUUCAAGGUUUCUUGAAUGUGACCGAUGCAUCAGAAGCCGGGAGGCAACACAAUUAUCAGUACACUGCUAACAUUGUAGAAAAUGCCCUGAAUUUGUCCAUUUCUUCUACCACUGAGUAUUUAGAGCCUGGAAUAGAGAGACGAAUAAUUAACCAAGUUAAUCCAAGUGAAAAGUCCUUUGAUACAGUUGACAGUGCAACUACAACACAAUGGCAUAGAACACCAAUGAACGGUGCUAGUAAAUCCUCAGCUGCCCAUCAAAUGACUCACUCAUACUCUACCUCGGGACAUGGACAUGACAUUGACACACAGCCAGCAGAUAACAUGACAACAGUUGUUAAGGUGCUACAAGAUGCACAGUCCUUUGAUAUCCCAGAGGCAGAUCUUGAUGGGAGUCCAACAGCAAGAGACAUGCUUUCUACAGAGACUGUUACCAUUCGCCCAACAGCAGGACUGUUGCACCUGACCAUGAAAGAUGGCAGAAAGGGACUGACAUCAACUGAGUCACCAAGGACAGACACUUCGACUUAUUUCUUUGCGUUAACUGCACAGAGACGCAUGCUGUCAGUUGGGGUCAACCCUAUUCAUACAGCCACCAGAAAUAUGAGAGCAGAGUAUACCCCAAGUGGCAGCUACAUGGCAAUGCUGCAGACAAAACCUACAGAACUACCUCAAAGGCUGACAGCAAAGGUUUCUAACAAAACACACGUUCCUACGACCCAGCAACCUGAGAUUGGCACCAAAUGGACGACGACCAAUUUGAGUCUACCUCGGACAACAUCGAGGGCUCCUUUGCCCACUUCCCAUCCCACCAAAGUGUUUCAAACGGAGACAUCAACUGUGAAAGGUACUGCGACAGUGAAGACAACUCCACCAGUUACCAGCAAGCCUGGAACCCAUCAUAAUGUCAUGACGACGUCAGUGGCAGGCAAAUCAGGAAAUGACAGACAAAGUCCAACCGUGAUGAUCACAGCCAAUACUUCAAUUGGUCUCAACACUUCAUCCAAAGAACAGGACUCACAACAUGGAUCAGAACGCAAAAAUAGCAGGCCGGUCGAUGCCCAGAAACCAGAUCACACAUCAAACUCAAAGCCAACUAUUGACAAUAAUUCAGAUGAAAAUAAAUCCUACUCCCGAUUGUGUUCCACAUGGGAUAGGGAGUGCAUCUCCAAUAAAACUUCAGCCCAGUGGAAUGAUCUGAAACAGACAUUGGGCUUUGCUUGGGAAUUGCAUGUUUAUGGGGCAGGAAUACUGUUUGUUAUCCUCAUGCUAAUGUCUCUUAUCAAUUUAAUUGGCUCUCCUAUUUUAUACAUUCCAGAACUUAGCUAUCUCAUGGCAGCCAAUGCCCAACUCUUUGCAUUGGGUCUCUUAAGAGCUAUUUAUUUGUUCCUUGAUCCCUAUGGCAGCAGGUCCAAGCUUCCUCCAGUAGGUAGUUUGGUGUUGUACAACAUUACGUUUCCUCUUCUUAUCACAAUCUUUGGCAUUCUAACACUGAUGUUGCUAAAGAUGGGGCAACUUCAAAUGCUGUCUUCAAACAUACAGAGCCCAGCUUUCUUGGCAGUAAUUGCAGUUAUCCAUUUUGUCGUUCUACUAAGUGGAGAUCUUUUAUACUUACUGCUGAACCCUGCUGUGAAUAUAAUCCUCCAUAUCUUCUCAGUUUCAUGGGGAUCAUUUCUAAUCUUUGCAUUUUUUCUCAGCUGUCGUAAGCUCAAGAGUCGGUCUGAAGCCACAAUUGGGCAAAACCAGCAACCAACAAUCCACAGUGAGGAAUCAGUUGAUCUCCAGAACCCAGAGAGGGUACUAAAACAGCUUUCGAUCUUCACAAGAGUUUUGGCAAUUGGAGGUGUCUUUGGCUUACUUUGCUGUGCAUUGCAAGUCUAUGCUAUCUUAUGGUUGUAUGGAAUUUUGGGAGAGAAGGGUCACUUCUAUUGGUCUUGGUGGUUCCUCCAGUUCUGGUAUCGAUGUUUUGAGAUUGUAAUAUCUUUUGCCAUGUGUUUCGUGACCUCCUAUGCAUUCUGUCAGCACCAAGGCCGGCCUGAUCACAUUUGUUGGAGCAAGAUUGUUCAAUACUUCAAUCACUACAGGAAGAGGGAAGCACCAGGAUACCCUAACAACUGCUAUGAUUGGUCAUCUGGAACCCAGGACAGGAUAACCAACAAUGACAUCUGCAAGAACCUUAUACGGAAUCAGUCAGAGAGCAUGCCUCUUAAAGCAUUGAAUGAACCAAAGCCUAACAAAAGUUACUGCAACAAAGAUGGCUCGUUGAUCUCUCUUGAUCACAGGCCCAAAAUACCAGUCCUGGGACCCAAAUCUCACAAUUUAAUGAUGGGUCGUUCAUUUACCAGCAUCUGCAUUGAGAAGGAGUCAGUGUUAUCUCUCAAUGUUUUUGACUUACGUCCACCUUCGCCCAUCAAUCUUAGCCGAAGUAUUGACGAAGCUCUUUUCAGGGAGCACAUCGUCAGAGACAGCUUGUUUCACACUUCGAGGUUUCACUAUCCCAGCGACGUAUCUGUAGAAGACUCUUGCUCCACUUUGACAACACGCAAAGCGCUUGACCAGGGUAAUGUCACACUGGGGCCAUCAGAGACCAAGCGUCGCAACAGUGACUCAGACUAUUUGUACAGUAUAGCCAAAUGCAGUUCGCUGAACAAUGUCCGAACGGACACAUCCCAGCAGACCAGCCAGGAUCUUGAGCACACUCAAGCAUCCAGCAAGUUACACCGGUCAGCAUCGAGCAGUUCCUUGGACAGUGCUUCUAAAACAUCCUUUGGAAUCCACUGGUACUCAUGGACUCGUAACCAUUCCUCUGGUGAGAGUGUCCCCUCUGCUGACCCAGCUAGCGAGAGCCUUCUUCCACCAAGCAAGAAUUUAGACAAUUCUGAAGUGAAAUUGACGACAGAAGACCCUGACGUUGAAGCACAUAAGAGCUUUUUAGAAAUAAGAGUGACUGAUGAUGUCAGUCUUUCUAGCGAUACCAUUGAACUUUAAUUCUUGGAUACAAAUCGAUUUGUUUAAUAGCAUUUGGAGAAAAUAUCAGGUCUGAGUAAAGACCAGGCAUCUUGCAUUAUUUUUUAAUAAAAAGGCUCAUGAUUAUCACUGAUUGAGACCAGAGUUACAAGAAAUGCAGAGAAAGGAGCAGCAAUAUUUCAUCCUCUUUCACUGAAACUUGGUCAGUUCUUCACUGUUUGUGAGGCCACAUUUAUAGUUCAUAAGACCAAAUUGUUUUUCUGUGACCUAUUACAUAUUCAGUUUCAAAAUUCACUUGCUGUCAUUGAAAUUCAUUGUAACACUCAACAAAAGUAACUUUUGUAGGUUAACAGUUGGGUCGGAGACUAAUAACAAUCCAGAAAUCACCCAACUAUGGUGAAAAGAGAUUAACUAGAACCCUGUUAUAAGGAGGUAGUUAUGGAUAAUGAAUAGAUUCAUUCUCGUGGCAAAAGAAAGACUAUUUACUUGAUUUGAAAAAAUUCAUCACGUGCUCUUAUUAUGAAGGAACAUGUUAUACAAACAUUUAGCACUUUAUUGGUCUGUCUCAGUGACUGACAUGCCAGGGUUCCUGAGGAUGCCUCAGCAUAUAUCCAGGAAAACAUUAUGUGACCAUAGUAUUUUACUAUUAGUCACAUAAAUUUUUGUAUACCCUUAUUAUGGAGUAUGACACCAACUCUUAGUAUAGAGAAAAUGGUUCUGGAGCAAGAAGUCACCUGUGAGAUAAAAUACAUUAUGUAAAUGGUGCAAUACAGAUGAAAGCUGUUUGAUCCAACAUCCCUGUGCCAGAUGAGGCCACAUGCCUGAGAAAGGUUUGCAUUUAUAUAGCACCGUUCAUGCCCUCGGGAUGUCCCAAUACCCUUCCCAACUAAUGAAGUAGCUCUGAGGGGUAAUCACCAUUGUAAUUUAGGAGAUGCAGGCAGAGGAAGAUGAUUAAAGGCAGAGAGGAAGGGAGAAAGACAAAGAGGCAAGAGAGAGCAAAGGGGAGAAUUCUGCUUGUUUUAUAGCAUUGCAACCAGUGUCCGCUGCACAACUGACUUUUAUUGUUGUGGUAAAUUUUAGAGUUCGUUGGAAACAGCUACAGAAUUUCACCAUUCAGUUAAUCAAAUAUAUUGUUUGAAGGGUUCACCAGCUGUUGUAGGUUUUCCAGUAUGGUAUUUACUCAGCUCUCCUGUUUCUAACAGUGGCUAUUGUAUUUCUGAAAUUAAACUGCCAAGUCUGUUUUCACAGAUCAAUUUGAGAUAGAGAAGCUUGGAAAUGUUAAUCACUGUGUUUUAUUCAAUUCUGCCAUCCUUGUACAUCCCCCAUCCAUCAUCAUUUUUGAACACAAUAUAAAUGAGAGAUUACUUUGUAAUGAAAACAGUCCCCUGUCACCACCAGUCCCCAUACUUUACUCUACAAAAUCCUAAACACAACGCAUAUUUUUCGAUCAAUGUCACCUCGCUGGUGGCAAAGUCUUUACUGCAUAUUCUUCCUCACAUUUUACAAGAUGUCUUUUUAAAUCAUAACCUGGUUGGCAAAUCAGAAUAAAAUGGAAGGGACUAAGAAAGGGAAUUUACCAGGGAAGAAAAACACCUUGCAUAAAACUAACAGAAGCAAAUCAAUAUGUACAAUUAUACCCACUGUUGUUAUUUGUCAAAUCAUCUCCAGUGGAUCCAUGUUGGAUCAUGUGGCUUAGACUGAACUGGAGUGUAUAGCAAUGGAUUCUAUUUUAUUUGAAUUCUAUUCUAUUUGAUUUUAUUUGAACUUUUUUAUUUCAGAAUUCAUUUGUUUCCAUGAAUAAGCAAAAACCAUAAUCUUAAAGGGGGUGCAGAGCAGAGGAACUGGGGAAUAUGUGGAAAAUUCAUUGAAUGCAGCAGGGCAGGUUGAGGAUGUAUUUAACAACGUACAUUGGACCCCAGGUCUGAUAUCUAUAGACAUAGGGUACCAAAGCAAUGAAGCUAAUGUGAUCCUGUAUAAAACACUCAUUCACCAUCAUCUAGAGUAUUGUUUUCAGUUCUAGGCACCACAUUUCAGGAAUGUUGUGAAGGCUUUACAGAGGGUGCAGGCACGCUACAUGAAAAUGGUUUCAAUCAUGAUGGACUUCAGUUGCAUGUAAGGAUUGGAGAAGCUGGCACUGUUCUCUUUAGAGAAGAGACAGUGGAGAGGAGAUUAAUUAGAGAUAGUCAAAAUGAUAAGGGAUCUGGAAGAAGACAGAGAGAAACUGUGCCUUAUUGGUGUAAGAGUUGAGAAACAGAGGACACAGAUGUAAGAUGAAUAACAAACAAAUCAAAGGCAAUAUUAGGAAAGACAAUUUUUUUUGAUGUGUGAGUGGUUAUGACCUGGAGUGCAGUGCCAAAAAUUGUAGUGGAGGUAGAUUGAAUUAAGGCAUUCAAAUGUAAAAAGAGAUUUACAGGGUUAUGGGGAAAGGGGCAGGGAGACUUAGGAAGGAGUGCAUUGUCUCUCUGAAUUGCUGAGCAGUCAAGAAGGUUUGUUGCUACAGCUUGUUCCAGGUACAUAUGUACCUGUGUUUCAAAUGCUGCUGGUCUUAUUUUAGCCCAUGGCAAAAGAAAUAUCAUUUUAUUGAUUUGCACUGCACCAGUUACCACACAGUAAACAAAAUGUUGAGUUUAAAGACUGAGUUUCACUCACUUUAUUUCUAAAUUUGUUGCAUCAUUUGAGUGUUAAUGUGGACGAAAUCACAAUUUGGACUUGUGUUUGGAAAGAAAAAACACCUGACAGAAUAUACAUAGUUCUGUUGCCACGAAAUCUAUGAGAACAGUGAAAAGGCAACCAUUGAAAAUCAAGGCUCCUGUAAUUAUUCACAGAUGUAGAGCUGUUCAAAGGAUGUCUGUAGGAGCUGAUGAUUAAAUGCAUGACUCAACAAUUUCAUGCAGAGAAGAUUGAAGAAUGUUCUCCAGCCUACAUUUGAAAUUGAACUUGGACAUAGUAUUAAGAAAAGAAAAUCAGCAGUGAUUCAGAGUGAUUCCAGCAAUUCAUGACUUAAUUUCAGAUACUUUUAAAAGUUCCAAACUGAAAUGAUGUUCAUGAGAAUCACAGUCCUACAGAGGCUGGGUCUUUUAUUUGACCAAGUGGGAAGUAAAAAGACCUGAGGAAAACUUUGAAUUUGGCGGUUUCUAGAAAUUAGCUGAUUUACAUGCAAAGUGAGACUGAACUGGCUAUAUUCGUUUGAGGUUUAAAUGUCAAUGUAUUUAAACAAGUUUACUUCUAUUUUUGCUUGUCUCAAUUUGUAAAAUAAUUAUGUAUUUUUGUGAGCCGUUGUUUUUGAUAUGUAUUCUAAGUUUACCCCAACCAUGACAUUGCAAAUUCCUUUAAAUUGAAUAUUUAGACUUUAAUUUUAAUUUAUAGAAUUAAAGAAGUUACCCAGCAAGGCAGGACAUCACUAAGAUGUCACUGACUACAUCUGAACAUGUGCAAGAAGUGCUCCCUUGUGAUGCAGUGCCAAUAGAUUCAGCCAUGAUAAUUUCUCUUUGCUGUAUUCCCAAAUAGCAAUAUUCACAACUUGCAGCUACAGCCUUAUAAAAUAUUGCUUAACAUUGGCUUGCUUCUGGAUUGCAGUAUUAUAUAUGAUGAGAUCAGUGCAACACAACUAAUGGUUUACUGGAGUAAUAACUUCUUUUCUAAAGAUUUCCCAGGAUGUACGAAUGGAAAUGCAUUGUUUGCACAGAGCAUUAACUUGCUAGGAGCUAAUCCUAUUUCCCCACAUCUAUAGUAAAUACUACCUACAGUUGCCAAUAUCAGCAACUGAAAUAGACAAUGCAUAAGAAUUUGGCAACAGAAAUUUCAGGACACUUGCUGCAUUGUCAUUGUGCUGAUAUUUUUCAGGGAGAGGUGGUGAUGUGUGUGUUUAAAGGAGAGUUUGUAUGUAUGUGCAGAGAUUUGUGAAAUGCGCAGAGAAUAUAUGCCAAUUUAGAGAAUAAAGAAAGAAGAAAAGGCUGGAAACUGGUCAGGCGGAAUUUGUGGAGAGAGCAACAGAUUUUCAGCAGUUCAGCAUUUUGCUUUUGAGUUAGUAGUGUCAUGGGGGUGUGUGUGUACAAUACAUGGGGGAAGUGUGUUUGUGUGCAUGACUGUGUUUAUAUAAGAGGCAUGUAUACUUGAGUGAAGGGGUGGGGAGGAUGCAUGUGUUUUUUAUAUAUUUGGUGGAUGUGCAAGUGUUGUGUUUCCAAGAGGAGAGAAGAUGUAAUACCUUGCAUCAUCUUCUUGAAAGGGCAUCCUUGUCUAGGCAGAUCAAGUAUUUCCUGAAACUCAAAUGAAAUGAUGUGAUAUUCAAAUAUUUUGAGGUUGAAACAAGCAUUUUCUGAGCGAAGGCCGUUUUAAUUAGACUGGUUAGUGCCAUUGUUUGGGGAUAUUUUCUCUCAGUGCAUUUGGGGCCUCUUUGCAGUUGAGGUCCUGAGGUCAUUACAGCUAAAUUCUCUCUCUCAAUAAGGUGCUUUAGUGCCUUGAUAUUUAACCUGGCAAGCAUUUGCUAAAACCAUUGGGGUCUAUUUAAGAUGCACAGUAAGAAUAGAUUAGAAAAAUAUUUUAAAGACAGGAAUUGAUAGCCUAACUCUUUUUAUUAAGAUUGGUAUCAUUAAGAGACCUGCCUUCUAAAUGCUCCAUGUUUAAGUCUUCUCAUUUCAGUACUUUGGCCAAAGUGACCAAGUUGACCUUAUUUUUAUUUAAUCUCUUAUAUUCAUUACAAUUGAGAUUUGUGGCUUCUAAUUGCACAAGAUCUUACAGACAAUAAUGUGUUACCUUUUUUUCUUUACCUUUGAGCUCAGCAAUUUUGACUAAAGGACACUCCCUGUAUGGUAUUAGACCAAGUACCACAAAUGACUGUCAAUUGUUCAUUGACAUACUGCAACAAAUCCCCACCUGGGACUGAGAGACAGACAUUAGGCAUGGCUCCCAGAUGUUGUCGUCUUAUUAAAGACUUGUGUUCUUGUGGUGCAAUGGUGGUGUUACCUACCUCUGAGCCAGAAAGUCUAGGUUCAUGUCUCAACUCCCAUGGAGGUGUGUCAUAACAAGUUGAUUCAAAGUAAUUUAUUUUCGGACUUACCUUCCAUACAAGGCAGACAACCUGGGUUCAUGAGUUUCCAUUAAAGAGAGACAAUUAUUGGAAAAAUGUAAAAUGCUUAGAUAAGUAGAAAUGAUGCAUAAUGUGGCAAUGUUGGUGAUAUUAUCUGUAUGGAACACUUUGUACAGCCAAGGCAGAGCAGUACUUGUUUAAAUUUCCUUGUAAUUAUUCUAUAUGUUGCUUUUGAUGUUACUUUAUAGCAAAUUUAUACUUUUUUUUACAUUUUGUUCAUAUAAUAAACCAAAUGUUUGUUUUU